AUGGUUAGCACACGCCUCUUCACACUCGGUGCCGUUGUCGCCUCUGUCUGUGUUGCUGUUGCGAAUCCGUCUCCUUCCAUCGAGCACAUCAAGAAGUUGCUCGCUCGCCAGGACGAUGACUCUGACGAUCGUCAAUGCCAUGCAGAUUGCGGCUUCACCAUAAUCCAAUCCUCCGAAACCACCCCAAACACAUACUGCUCCAACCAAACCUGGAUCGACCAACUCAACCGCUGCCUCUCCUGCACCAACCGCGAAGACGACGACGACAUCUGGGAAGACUACGGCAACAGCGUCUCCUCGGCCGCUCAAGCCUGCAGCGGUCAGACUGCCACGCCUGGCGCCGUGCUCUCGACUGCUUCUGCGACUGGGACGGCUACUGGUGGUUCGCUGACGUCGAUCACUGGCACGGCGACUUCAACGGGAGCUGCUACGGCGCCGACCUCUGUCGAAGAAUGUCAUACGCAUGGCGAUGAUUUGUUCUGUGUGGCGGAUGGCGCGGAGUGGGAGGUUACGAGCAAUGUGAAUGUUAACAAUGCGCCUGACAAUUACGAGAACUGUCGGCCGACUGGAGAUGAUGGAGAUGAUCUUACCUGCGUCGCAGCAGAUGGCUCUGAAGUCCGCCUCGAACGUGAAGGCGAUGACCACACAGACGAUGAUGACCACAACCACGGCUCGUCAACUGCUACGGGCACUCCAACUUCGAAUCCGUCGCCGUCGAUCACCAGCGCUGUCGCGGGAGAGGCGUCAAAUACAGCCACCACGCAGACGGCAACUCAGGAUGGAGCGGCUGGGCGUUUCGAGGGCUCCUCGAUCGGUGGCGUGUUCGGUCUGGUGUUGGCGAUGUUCGCGCUCUAA